AUGAAACAUUCAGCUUUGACGGUUCUCAUUUUUGCCACCCUAUCCUCAUACGUGUUGGCGGACUAUUUUGCCAAUUUCUUCAGCGACACUGAAUGCAACGAAGACGGUUCUAUCGGCUUUGACAUGACCAAUCCCGGAUGUUUCGCUCAAGCAGGAAGACAUUCCGUCUACAUUCCCAAUAAUGGUGAAGUCCAAUCCUACAGAUUUAUUGGUGGCUCUUGUGGUAUCAAUACCUGCUAG